AUGAGUACUAAGUUCGCCCUGUGUUUUGGCACAGUGAGCAUUAACCCUGUGUUUCGGCGCAGGGAGAGGAGGGAGCGCCAUCGCUCUAAGAGCAGAGAUGGCAGCAGCAGCAGAGGGGACAAAUCCGUCACCAUCCAGGCCCCCGGAGAGCCCCUCCUGGACAACGAGAGUACCCGUGGGGACGACAGGGAUGAUAACUGGGGCGAGACCACCACGGUGGUGACGGGCACGUCCGAGCACAGUGUCUCCAACGAGGACCUGACGCGCGUCUCCAAGGAGCUGGAGGAGUCGUCGCCGCUGGAGUGCCGUCGGUGGGCGGGGCCCGCGGUCAGCGGGUGCCUGGGCCUGUUCGCCAUGGCGACGCCGCUGGCCUUCCUCCUGCUGCCGCAGCUGCUGUGGCGGGACCGGCUGGAGCCCUGCGGGACGCCCUGCGAGGGGCUCUACGUGUCCCUGGCCUUCAAGCUGCUGGUGCUGCUCAUCUCGUCCUGGGCGCUGUUCCUGCGGCCGCCCCGCGCCACCCUGCCGCGCCUCUUCGUCUUCCGCGCGCUGCUCAUGGUGCUGGUCUUCCUCUUCGUGGCGUCCUACUGGCUGUUCUACGGCGUGCGCGUGCUGGAGCCGCGGGAGCGGGACUACCGCGGCAUCGUGGAGUACGCCGCCUCGCUGGUGGACGCGCUGCUCUUCAUCCAGUACCUGGCGCUGGUGCUGCUGGAGGUGCGCCACCUGCAGCCCGCCUUCUGCCUCAAGGUGGUGCGCUCCACCGACGGCGCCAGCCGCUUCUACAACCUGGGGCACCUCAGCAUACAGAGAGCUGCAGUGUGGGUUCUAGAGCAGUACUACAGUGAUUUCCCUGUCUACAACCCGGCCCUGCUUAACCUGCCCAAGUCCAUCCUCUCCAAAAAGAUGUCUGGCUUCAAGGUCUAUUCCCUUGGAGAAGAGAACAGCACCAAUAACUCCACAGCCCAGUCUCGGGCAAUGAUAGCGGCUGCCGCUCGUCGCCGUGACAACUCCCAUAACGAGCUGUACUACGAGGAGGCCGAGAUGGAGUGCCGAAUUCGUAAACGCAAGGCCAGGCUGGUGGUGGCAGUAGAGGAGGCCUUCACGCACAUUAAGCGGCUGCAGGAGGACGAGCCGGCGGCGUCGUCGCCCAAGAGCGCGCGGGAGAUCAUGGACCCGCGGGAGGCGGCUCAGGCCAUAUUCGCGCCCAUGGCCCGUGCCAUGCAGAAGUACCUCCGCACCACCCGGCAGCAGCCCUACCACAGCAUGGAGAGCAUCCUCACACACCUGCAGUUCUGCAUCACGCACAACAUGACGCCCAAGGCGUUUCUGGAGCGUUACCUGAGCCCAGGCCCGACGCUGCAGUACCAGAAGGAGAACAGCAGGGGGCGAGAGUGGACGCUGGUGAGCGAGGAGCCGGUGACCUCCGCCCUCCGGCAGGGCCUGGUCUUCUCCCUGCGCCGCCUGGACUUCGCCCUGGUCGUCACGGUGAUGCCCAUCCCCUUCCUGCGUCUCGGGGAGGAGUUCAUUGACCCCAAGAGCCACAAGUUUGUGAUGCGGCUGCAGUCGGAGACUUCCGUGUGAUGCAACCUCACCGGCGGCUGUUUCCUGACACGCGGUAGCUCCCCACCCUUCUCUCCAGAAACCAUACAGAACUCAGUGCUAGCUGCACAAAAGUGUAACACCAGCUCAUUGACCAGCCUAGUAGGAACAUCAGCAUAUUAACCAGUAGUCGGGACCCGUCAGCAAUGGGUAACUAUUGACCAAUCACUGGCCUGCUUUCCUUAUGGUUGUUGGAGGACCAGGCAGGUCUCGUUCUGGGGACCCAGUGAAGGGACCCCACACGUCCCCCAUCCCCAAGCCAUGCCCAACCUUUAAUCCUUACCCCCCCCCCUUACUGCCUUACCCCC